UAAUUCAGUAAUAAUUAGUUGUUUAAUAUCCAUAAAAAAUAAUUAGUUGUAAAAAUUUUCACGCGUAGCCCUUGUCAUGCCCUGGAUUUCUACAAGAAUAGUUUUGUCAUCAAUAAAUAAUUUUAGAUCUCAUCAACCUAGGGAACCAAAAAGUCACUACCUAAGAAGAACCAAUCAAGGCACGCGAUAAAAGGAAAAACCUGCAGGAACAGGUGAAUGAAACAGUAAAAGCUUGAGAAAGUGAAGGCAAGUCAGCAGUAACCAAUAUCAUCCAAUUAAUCGCCAUCUGUGGGAAGGUUGUAACCCGGCAUGGACCAAUAUUUCAGAGUGAAAGAGAGACUUCCUUUCCUUUACAAACACAGAAACAUUUGUCUACCAAAAAUCUGGUUCGUAACACUAUAAAACUGAUCACGUGGUGGAUGAGGAAGAGACGAAAAGAGUUUUGGAACAAUACAUGUAAAGAAUAAUUCCACUAAAAAGUCACACCCUAAGAAUAUUUUUUAAACCCUAGUGCCCAGAGAGAGCAUAGAAACAAAAUACACACUUCAAUAUACACAUAAAUGUUCCCAAAAGUCCAUACCCUCCCUCCCUCCCUCAUCUACCUAUCUACAAAAAAGCAAUGAGAAUAGAUCCCUCCUAGUCCCAACAUUCCAUGCUUCAGCAUGCACGAACCAACAAAGAAAGCAAAAGUCCAAUGUAUCCACUCCCUACUGGUCUAAAACUUCUCCAAUUUGUGUUUAGCUUGUAUAGAAAUUUGAUGACACAACACCUUGAAUUAAAAUGUCAGGAAAAAUGUAAAUGCAGAAAUAACAAAACUAAAGAAAACUUUCUUCUUUUUCAAAGAAAACAUAAGGCCACACAAGAACCAGAUAAUCUGAACAGGAUAUUAGCAGAAUGAUCCUGAACUCAAAUAAACAUACCAAUCACACUCCAUGCCAUAGCCUUUCUUCAGUAAUACUUCUGGGGCAAUAUAAUCUGGUGUUCCCACUGUGGAAAAUGCCUGAAAAGGCAAAAAGAUUGCCUGUUUCUCAGGAUACAAAUAGAUAACAGAAUUCAAGUAAUACGGAUCCUACUAUGCCACCUGUCUUCAAUGCAAAACAAAUGGAGAGCAUAAGGCUUGGAAAAUGGUGCUUUCUGGGGUCUAAGGCAUUAGAGAGAGAGAGAGAGAGAGAGAGAGAGAGUGUGUGUGUGUGUGUGUGUGUGUGUUUUAGGGAAAAUUCAAUUUGGAUUAGUACUUAAAAAGAAGAAUAUUAGAAUAUUGUUUAUGAUUGUCAACUGGGCAUUGCCAAGGCAAGAUUAUCAGAGGUGUUAUGUGGUGGAGCGUAUGCAGGACUGGCUAAUUGGGAAGAGCACCUAGAUGGCUGAGGCUACUUGUCAUGUGACAUGCAUUGGUUUUGUCCAAGGCUAGCUGUUUCUGGGGUCUUCAGGGUUCCAUUUUGCAUCCACAUAAAAUUUUGUUCUGGUUUCCAAAUACGUUAAGCCAACCACUGUCAUUUGGAGUGAUGAGAGGGUCACUUGCUCUGUCAUCAUGGUCUUUGUACUUUGCUCCCUUUUCUGAUAAUUUCGUUUCACUUUUCAGAAAGAAAAAAAAAAAGAAAAGGCAGAGCACAACAGUAGCACAAGGCUGAGAUGGUCAGGAAGGCAGUGGAGCAGAACCAGCCACUAAAUAAGAUUGGGUUUUGGGGAAGAAGUUGCUUGAAGAAAUCAAUGCUAAGAAAGAGAAAGCGAAGAGCAUAUGUUUACUCAUCUCUACGAUAUGCAGUACGGAAGGAAUUGAAGACGAAGGAGCUUGCAAAGCAUUUACAUAUGUCAUUUUGUUUUUCUUUUCUUUUCCAUAUUCAAGGAUCCUUCAUUUUUUAUUUUUUGGUGGUGGUGGUAAUGAGAGAUUAUAGAUAUGCACGGUUAAGAUUAUUAAAAUAUCAGAAUGUGGCAUAUCAAAGGUUCAAAUAUCAUAUUAAGAUUGGGGCAUAUUUAGAAAUUAUCGGAAUGUGGCAUAUCAAGGCCCUCACUCAGAAUGAGGUUGCAAGACGCCUGGAUUCAUGGCCUGCUUGACAGCUUGAUCAGCCUGCUUUAUGGGCUUGGUUGAACCAUGCACCUGGUCUUGGUGUCUAAGUUGUGCACCCGUGUCCAUCAAUA